AGGCCCUGGGAGCCCCAAGUGAUCUGCCCGAGGACCUGAGGCUGCCAGAGCCUCAGCCCACCACCCUGGGGUGGGGAGAGGCAAGGGAACCCCGAGAGCUGGCCAGGAGGGAGGCCAGUGGCCGGUGCUGGCUGUGGCCAUGGAGGGCCAGCCCGUGGCCCUGAGCUUGGCGGAGAAGACGAUGUGCAGAGUGGUGUACGGCGCCCCCCGCCCCCGCCCGCUGCUGCUGUCCGUGGGCCUGGAACUGUGGGUGUACGUGCAGAAGAUGCGCAACCAGAGGACGAGGAUGGAGGCCUCGUGCCUGGAGCUGGCCCUGGAGGGUGAGCGGCUCUGCAAGGCUGGGGACUUCAAGGCGGGGGUGGUCUUCUUCGAGGCGGCCGUGCAGGUGGGCACCGAGGACCUGAAGACGCUGAGCGCCAUCUACAGCCAGCUGGGCAACGCCUACUUCUACCUGAAGGAGUACGCCCGGGCGCUGGAGUACCACAAGCACGACCUGCUGCUGGCCCGGACCAUCGGUGACCGCAUGGGGGAGGCCAAGGCCAGUGGGAACCUGGGCAACACACUCAAGGUCCUGGGCCGCUUUGACGAGGCGGUGGUCUGCUGCCAGCGGCACCUGGACAUCGCCCAGGAGCAGGGGGACAAGAUUGGGGAGGCGAGGGCACUCUACAACAUCGGGAACGUGUACCACGCCAAGGGCAAGCAGCUGUCCUGGAACACGGCACAGGACCCCGGGCACCUGCCACCCGACGUUCGAGAGACGCUGCGCAGGGCCUCCGAGUUCUACGAGAGGAACCUCUCCCUGGUGAAGGAGCUGGGUGACCGGGCAGCCCAGGGCAGGGCCUACGGCAACCUGGGCAACACCCACUACCUGCUGGGGAGCUUCGUGGAGGCCACGACCUUCCACAAGGAGCGCCUGGCCAUUGCUAAGGAAUUUGGAGACAAGGCAGCGGAACGGAGGGCCUACAGCAACCUGGGGAACGCCCACAUCUUCCUGGGGCGCUUCGACGUAGCUGCAGAAUACUACAAGAAGACGCUGCAGCUGUCCCGGCAGCUCAAGGACCAGGCGGUGGAGGCACAGGCCUGCUACAGCCUGGGCAACACGUACACGCUGCUGCAGGACUACGAGCGUGCGGCCGAGUACCACCUGCGACACCUGCUCAUCGCUCAGGAGCUGGCUGACAGGGUGGGCGAGGGCCGGGCGUGCUGGAGUCUGGGGAAUGCCUACGUGUCCAUGGGGAGCCCGGCGCAGGCCCUGACCUUUGCCAAGAAGCACUUGGAGAUCUCCCAGGAGAUCGGGGACCGAAACGGGGAACUCACGGCCCGCAUGAACGUAGCACAGUUACAGCUGACACUGGGCAGGCUGACCAGCCCCGCGGCCGCAGAGAAGCCAGACCUGGCCGGCUACGAGGCCCAAGGGGCCAGACCCAAGAGGACGCAGAGGCUGAGCGCGGAGACCUGGGACCUGCUGAGGCUGCCCCUAGAGCGGGAGCAGAAUGGAGACAGCCAUCACUCUGGGGACUGGCGGGGGCCGGGCAGGGACUUGCUCCCCCUCCCCAUGAGGAGCAGGAAGUACCAGGAAGGGCCGGACGCUGCUGAGAGGAGGCCCCGGGAGGGCGGCCACUCCCCACUGGACAGCGCGGACGUCCGGGUGCAGGUUCCUCGAACGAGCAUCCCUCGGGCCCCAUCCUCUGACGAGGAGUGUUUCUUCGACCUGCUGAGCAAGUUCCAGGGCAGCCGCAUGGACGACCAGCGCUGCCCCCUGGAGGAGGGCCAGCCGGGGGCCGCCGAAGCCACGGCUGCCCCCACCCUGGAGGAGAGGAGUGCCCAGCCCACGCUGACAGCCUCCCCCCAGACCGAGGAGUUCUUCGACCUCAUCGCCAGCUCCCAGAGCCGCCGGCUGGAUGACCAGCGGGCCAGCGUGGGCAGCCUCCCGGGACUGCGCAUCACCCACAACAACCUGGGGCACCUACGUGGUGACGCGGACGCCCAGGAGCCGGGGGACGAGUUCUUCAACAUGCUCAUCAAGUGCCAGUCCUCCAGGAUCGAUGACCAGCGCUGCCCGCCACCCGACGGGCUGCCCCGUGGCCCCACCAUGCCCGACGAGGACUUCUUCAGCCUCAUCCAGAGGGUGCAGGCCAAGCGGAUGGACGAGCAGCGGGUGGACCUCACCGGCAGCCCAGAGCAGGAGGUGAGCGGGCCACCGGAGCCUCGGCAACAGUGCCAGCCUGGCACCAGCUAAGGCCUGGAACCCACACCGGGCUCACCUCAGCCUCAGUCCUGGACGCCUGGACGCCUGGACGCCUGGGGAGGGACUCGCGAUUGCCCGGGAUGCUCACGGCCCGAGAAGCUGAAUCCUCCUGAGGCCACGGCUGAGGGCCGGCUGAGCCCCACCCUUCCCACUGAGCCGGACGCUGGCACACUGCCCCCUGGCAUGUCCGUCCCCAGGUCAGGGCUGCCAGGUGGGUAGGGCAUUCUGUCCUCACCUCUGCCUCGGUCGCAGGCAGGCCUUCAGCAUGUGGGCCCCAGACCCCGGUGCUGUCCAGACCUUCUGUACCCUCUCCCUGCCCCCACCACUCCGUCCUGCCAAAUGUGAACCCUGCUGCCUCCCCCACACCUGAAGGCUCUCUGUAGCCUCUUCGGGGCACCAGCAACACGGGCGUCUGUCCUCCAGAGCCGGUCCCAGGAAGGCCAAGCGCAGACGUGUCCCAGCCUCACCCCCGGCGGCCCCUCCCAGACCUCCCUCCCUGCUACCUAGGCGGAGGAGGGGGACAGGAAGGCAUUGCAGGAAGCCGCCGUGGAGGUAGUUCCUGGGCCCUGACACUGAGCCCCCAGCCCCAUGGGGUCCUGAGCAGUUGGGGCCCGAGGGGAAGGAUGGGGUGAGCGCCGACAUUCCUCAGCUCCAAGCUCUGAGGCCCAGGAUUGGAUGGGCCUGGUUCCGGGAGGGCCCGUGGGCAUGCAGGCCCCAGCACAGGGGCCGUGGGGACAGCGGUGGGUAAGUGAGUGGGGUUGGGGGGCCUCGGCUCAGCUCCGGGCCCCUCAGCGAGCACCCAGUCCCCCCUCCACCAGAGAUAGGACGUCCCUGCCUCCUCCCAUAUGUGGACGGGGUCCAUACAGUCCUGAACACCCAGUUGGCCCAUGGGGCUGGGCAGGAGACAGGCCUCCUGGGGACGGUGCCCUCGGGUCUCACACACCCCUCCCCCGUCCCCCCGGCACCCCCUCAGCCUGGGGUGGAGCUGCAGCGCCGCGGCCCCCAGGGCCUGGACAGCACCUCGUCCUGGCGGAGGGGCCAGAGUCCUGCUCAGAGCACACAGCCUGGGAGCUCUGGGCUGGUGGGAGGCUCCCGGGGCCUGGGGGGGGCCGGCAGGUGUGGGGCCAGGUGCCAGAGCCCAGGCUUCUGCUCGGCCGCGCGUACUUGAGUGUCCUGCGUAUUUAUUGCCCUCAUGUUUUCCAUGUUGUCCGUGGGUCCUUUCCAACCCAAGAGGUACAUUUGUUUUUCUGGAAAAUAAA